AUGGCCUCACCAUCCGGGCCCUCGACACCACCACCACCACCACAAGAACCAGAAGAUGACAGCGACACGAGCUCUCUCUCCGACCCGCCCUCCGAGCUCUUCUCGCCCUCACCACUCGUCACCAAGCAGCCCAGGCAAGUGUCCCCAUCACCCAUCCCGAAAGGCUACCGGAUCAACUCCAUAACCGGUAGCCUCAUGGUCGACCCCAAAUCGCGUGACUACGUGGCCAACUUCCGCGCGAUGUAUCACCCCGACGUCGACUUCUCUUCGGGUCGGUACAUCGACGAGGGAGCAUAUGCGGUUUCGGUUCGACAUGUGCCGCCGAAUGUGCCCAAGGAGAGUCGUCCAUUGGCGGCGCCUUUGGGUCUUGCGACGAAGGGGGAUGUGGAUCGGUAUCGAGGACCGAAUGUGACCCCGAAGCGGGCUGAGGAUGCUGUCAAGGAGGAACAAGAGCCUGCGUCUGUGAAGCUUGAGGUUCCGACAAGUGCCAAGCGGCCGUAUCCUUUCCACGAGGACGAGAGCUGGGCGGCGAGCUUGGCGAAGACGCCGAAGAGAAAUGGCAAGGAGGAGGCUGAUGGAGUCGUCGAUUGCAAGGAGGAAGACGAGGGUGACACGACUCUGACGGAUCCUGCAAUGUCGGCCACUCCGCCAGUCAAAAACUUCCGCAUUCGUUGA